GUGGAGUAUUUCGCGACGGUCCCUCAACUGUCUGAUGAAAUCUCACACUGCAGCGUAAAGACGGACAGACGGAAGCGAAACGACGGCUGAAAUCACACUGAAGAGGAGAAAACGAAACAGUAUUAACAUUAGGAGGCGAGUUAACGGUGUAAACUUGACAACGAAGUGAAUAAAUCGCUUUGUUUUGAAGGGAUAUUUAAAAUCCACCGUCGCGCGUUUUGUCAAGUAACCGCUAAGCUAGCUUUCCUGCUAAGCUAACGUGCUAGCUUCACCGGCUGAGAGGAGGACUCCCACACACGGAUCUCUAACCCAGUCUAAAAUGGCUUUUCUUUGUUCUACCGGCCUGGACUUUACUUCAUACCGGGAUUUAAAUGUGUUCUCUCUGUAUUCGCUCUCCAGUUCUGUCACCAGAAAGAAGUCUAACCAUCACUCCCAGCAGCGCGCCGGGCUCACGGACGAUGUUUCCGGGGUUCCUUCUGGAGGUGACGCUGGUUGUGUGUUCCAGUCAGAGUAAAGACGAUGUUUCCUGGGUUCCCUCUGGAGGUGACGCUGGUUGUGUGUUCCAGUCAGAGUAAAGACGAUGUUUAAUAAAAGGACUGAAGUGUUUAAAAUGGAAAGUGUUUAAAUCUGCCCGGGCUGCAGACUCCUACAGUUUGACAGCUGUCAGAUUAGCAGCUAAACUACAGAGAUAUUUAAUCCUGCUGCUCAGGUUAUUUUCAUAUAAUCACUAUUUUGCACUUUUUUUGAGUUGAUUAAAAUGUUCAGAAAUAUGAGCAGUGAGGGACAGUUAUCGAGCGGGCAGAGCUCGUCCUCUCCCGCCGGGCACGGAGUCGCCUCCCCAGGCCUCCACAGUCAGGAAAGCUCGUGGAUCGGCCUGCUCUCCGUGGUGUCCAGGCCCGCGAUGUCAUUCCUCCAAAAAUAUCUCCCCGGUCGGCCCCGGAAUCCUGCGCUGCCUGACAGAGGAGCCGGAUGGAUGAGUGGGGACUUUAAAAACAGAUUUGAGGAUGAAGAAAGAGAGUUUUUAAGACAGCUGGAUGACAUCAUGCCUCUCACAGAGCACCCGGCUCCUCACCUGACCCCUCACCUGACCUACCUGCGCUGUCAGCACCACGGAGCACCCGGCCUCCUGGAGCCCACAGACAGCGGGUCUCUACCCUGGCUGACCCCUGAUUCUCUGAGGGAAAUGGGUAUUCAAAGUGCAGAAGGAGUGAAUGUCUGCCAGCAGACUCAGGUGGGAUAUUUCUCUUCUGUCAGGACUGUUCUCAGUCAUGUUCGACUGGGUUUGGUGUCUUCUCAGGAAAUAAACCCCGCAGGUGAAAAGGAGUGGGUGACAGAGGUGGUCAGCUCUUCACUCAAGAGCAAUGGGGGUAAAAGCAGGACAUGGUGGGGCAGCUUUUGGGGAGGUGAGGAGGGCUCACAGACCCGAGCCGAUGAGAGGAAUGUGACAGGCCUGCUUUGUCCACAACAACCAGCGGCUGAGACAAAUGCCUCUGCUGCAGAAACAACCGCUGCGUUUGUCCAGAGCGACAUCGGGGGAUGGACGCUUGGAGAAAACACCGGACCGACUGACCACAAAGACCAGCCGGCCAACAAUGGAGGCCUUCAAACAGCCCAGAACACAAAGGCAUCCACACCUGACCAGCACCUCAGCAUCAGUGACCACCUGAGCAGAUCAGGAUCUGCCGCCGCCUGCAGUGAGGUGGCAGUUCUGACCCCGGAUCAGGACAAUGGUUACUCCAGUCUGGAAGAGGAGCAUGUCCAGAUGUGCCACCUGUACAUGGUGAAACCACCGAGUAAAGAGCUGCUUCAGCAGGAGCUCCAAUCCACUGAAACCAGCGCCCCCAUCAAGACGGAGAUGGAGGAGGGGACUGCUGAGGAGGCCGAGUCUACAGCAGGAAAGGCAGACGAGGAAGAAGGUGCACAAGACAACCAGGACAACCAGGAAGUAACGGCUGAGGAGGGUCAGUCUGUGGAGGCGAUGGCGCUCACAAACCCCCAAUGCCAGAACAAGGCCAUCGCCUUCAUCAUGGGCUGCCCCUGCAGUGACGACGACAGCAGCCAGUCAGACAGGGAGUCCAGUGAGGACGAUGAUGAUGAUGAUGAUGAUGAUGAUGGCUUUGACAGCGAGGGCUCGUCUGAUCUGUCCGACUCCUCUGAUGAGGACGAUGAAGACGAUGAUGCAGACUCGGACAGCGAGGCGGACUCUGAAGCGGAGCGGCUGUGGACCUCACUUUGCCAAAGUGCAGACCCAUACAACCCUCGAAACUUCACUGCCCGUCUGCAUACCCACAGCACCCCACCAAGGACUAUCCCCACCUCCACGCCUCUCUCCUCCACCCAGUCCACCCCUGACUCCUCUCCUGACCUAACCUCACUCCCUCUCUCCUCCCCUCAGCUCACCUCCUCAUCACCUCCUUCUGGAAACGACACGUGGGAUGACUCGACCUCGGCCAGCGAGGUGGAUGAAGCAGAGAGCCUCCGCCUGUUGAGCUCCUUCAGCUGCUCCUCAGAUCCCUACAGCCCCUUUAACUUCCAGGCCACGAUCAGGACUCAAGGUUCUGCUGAGGCAGGGCAUCGUGCGAGAGCCAAGCCCAGAAAGACCUCCCAGACUUCACCUCGCUCCACUCACCACAACCCAACAUCUCCACCUGAGUACAGGAAGGAGGAGGCCGAGGAGAGGCUGGACAGCGGCUUCUCCGAACUUUGCAUCUCCUCCGGCUCCAACAGCAAAAUCAAAAAGGUUCGUUUCUGUGACAAUGUGGAGGAGUUCUUCGCCAGCUGUAGCGAGGAGGAGGAGGACCGUCGGGGCCCCUGGGAGGAGCUGGCCCGGGACCGCUGCAGGUUCCUUCGACGCUGCGAGGAGGUGGAGCAAAGCAUCGCCUACUGCCUGCAGCCGCAGCACCGAACCCUGGUGUACCGCCGCCUCGCCAUCCUCUACGUGCAGGACGCAUGAGGACCAACUGUUCUCUGCAUCAGGACGCUUUGAGGACAAAAACCACAAGACCUUUAUGUCCUCACAAUGGGGGAAAAGAGAUCCAAUUUGUUUGUCUAUGACACAUGAGGACGAUCGACCUGUCCUCUACGUCUGAGGUGCAUGUGGACGAUCGACCUGUCCUCUACGUCUGAGGUGCAUGAGGACGAUCGACCUGUCCUCUACGUCUGAGAUGCAUGAGGACGAUCGACAUGUCCUCUACGUCUGAGAUGAGGACGAUCGACCUGUCCUCUACGUCUGAGGUGCAUGAGGACGAUCGACCUGUCCUCUACGUCUGAGAUGCAUGAGGACGAUCGACAUGUCCUCUACGUCUGAGGUGCAUGAGGACGAUCGACCUGUCCUCUACGUCCUCAUGCAUCUCAGACGAUCGACCUGUCCUCUACGUCUGAGGUGCAUGAGGACGAUCGACCUGUCCUCUACGUCUGAGAUGCAUGAGGACGAUCGACCUGUCCUCUACGUCUGAGGUGCAUGAGGACGAUCGACCUGUCCUCUACGUCUGAGAUGCAUGAGGACGAUCGACCUGUCCUCUACGUCUGAGAUGCAUGAGGACGAUCGACCUGUCCUCUACGUCUGAGAUGCAUGAGGACGAUCGACCUGUCCUCUACGUCUGAGAUGCAUGAGGACGAUCGACCUGUCCUCUACGUCUGAGAUGCAUGAGGACGAUUGAGCUCUCCUUUGUAUCUAGUAUGAGGACGAUCUCAUAGUUGAACAUGUCAGCUGAGGAUAUGAGAGGCUGCACAUGUUUAGAGACACUAAUAGAGACACAGAGAGAGAAAGAGCAGAUGGACAGACUGAGAGCUGCUGAACUCUUAACUGACUUGACCUGUUUGUUUUUUUUGAGUCCACGCUUGUUUCUGCAGCUUUGUCUUUCUGGACAUACUAGACUUAUCCAACACAAAUCAGGGCGGCUUCAUAACGAACUGUAAAAACACUAACGGGGGUGUGAAGGGCUUAAUCACUGUGAGGAGAGUUUCAGUGGAGACCUCAGUGUUUUUAUUUACAGGGUCAAACAGAUGUCUACAGCUCCUCAUCAGUUUCAGUGUUUUCCUGACCUCACAUCAGUUUGUCCCCCUCACGUCCUCAUCGGCUUCACGUUGUUCCUUUUUUGUGCCAAAGGUUAACGCUACAGACGCAGGAACACGCUGCUGUUUUCACCUCAAAUAAGAACAAUUUUCUUGUUGAAACCCACAGUGUCGACACACGACGCAAAUCAAAUGAAUCUAGAUUUCUGUUUAAAUACAUUUCUGUUUGUUUGUGUUAGGAAAGACACCAGAUAGACCUUUUGCCUACUCUGGUUUGGUCUACUAACGGAUGAAUCUAAAAUAUGUCCGCUCUGAUUUGACUUAAACUUUGGAUGAAAACAGCAGCUGCUCUUUGUGACACGUUUGAAAUCAUUCUGCAGCUGCAUUCACCUCGCCCCCCUACUCGAGUUAAAAUCAAUGAAGUACAGAGUUAAAGGAAACCUGAUGAACGAUAUUUGACUUCUUUCAGUAUUUCGUUUCGUUUCCCUGAACAGCUUUCAGUUUUAUCUUCAAGCCAAAGAUCGCUCGCUCGUGUGUGAGUGAGAAGAGAAGUGUUUUAAAACCGAGUGAUUUGAAUUUAUGUCCUAAAUGUAGAAAAUGUUCCUCCACCUGCUCGCUCAGAAUGUCACAUGAUCACUGAUGAUCAACAACCAGCUGUGUUCUGAGUCACUGAGAUCUCAUAUGAGCGUCCAGAUUAGUCCAGGAAACUCAGUCAUCGCCAUCUGAAGACGCUCGUCUUUAAAGGUAUAAAAAGUGUUCCCUCUGUUUCACUUC